GGUAAAACUCUGGCUCUGUCUCUACCAGUAUACCUAUAACGUCUCCCCACAAAUAAGGGUCAUUUCAGCGAAUGACGGAUCCGUUUGCCACUUCUCUCCAACGUGUCUUCCUUUACAUAUCUUACGCUUCCCUGUAUAUAUACUCUCCCAGAUAUACCUAUUUUCCUACAUGUUCAACUGCAAAAAAAGAAACAAUGUUGGCAGCUACAAACGCAACAGAGGAGCAUGUGCACUCCACUUUUGCAUCUAGAUACGUUCGCGCUCCUGUUCCAAGGUUCAAGAUGCCGGAAAAGUCGAUUCCAAAGGACGCGGCGUAUCAAGUAAUACAUGAUGAGCUUAUGCUGGAUGGAAAUCCGAGGUUGAACUUGGCUUCAUUUGUUACAACAUGGAUGGAACCUGAGUGUGAUAAGCUUAUGAUGGCUGCAAUUAAUAAGAACUAUGUUGACAUGGAUGAAUACCCUGUCACCACUGAACUCCAGAAUCGAUGUGUAAACAUGAUUGCAAACCUGUUCCAUGCUCCGGUUGGGGAAGAAGAGACAGCAGUAGGUGUGGGAACAGUUGGUUCCUCUGAGGCUAUAAUGCUGGCUGGAUUAGCUUUUAAAAGGAGGUGGCAACAUAAGAGAAAAACAGAGGGAAAACCCACUGAUAAUCCCAACAUAGUCACGGGAGCUAACGUGCAGGUUUGCUGGGAGAAGUUUGCAAGGUAUUUUGAGGUAGAGCUGAAGGAAGUAAAGCUGAAAGAGGGAUAUUACGUUAUGGACCCAGAACAAGCGGUAGAGCUAGUAGAUGAGAACACCAUAUGUGUAGCAGCUAUUUUGGGAUCAACGCUGACAGGAGAGUUUGAGGACGUGAAGACGUUGAAUGACCUCCUUAUGAAGAAAAAUGAGGAGACUGGUUGGGGCACCCCCAUCCAUGUAGACGCUGCCAGCGGAGGAUUUAUUGCUCCUUUUCUUUACCCGGAUCUCGAGUGGGAUUUCCGGCUACCUUUAGUGAAGAGCAUCAAUGUGAGUGGCCACAAAUAUGGCCUCGUCUAUGCUGGUGUUGGUUGGGUUGUUUGGAGGAACAAAGAGGAUUUGCCCGAUGAUCUUGUCUUUCACAUCAACUACCUUGGCUCUGAUCAACCCACUUUCACCCUCAACUUCUCCAAAGGCUCUAGUCAAAUAAUUGCUCAGUAUUACCAGUUUCUACGCCUUGGUUUUGAGGGGUACAAGAACAUAAUUGAGAACUGCAUGGAGAAUAUGAAAGUGCUUAAACAAGGCAUACAGAACACCGGGAGGUUUAACAUAUUGUCAAAGGAUAUAGGAGUACCGCUAGUGGCCUUUUCUCUAAAAGAUAGCAGCAAACAUACAGUGUUUGAGAUAGCCGAGAACUUGCGAAGGUUUGGAUGGAUCCUUCCGGCUUAUACAAUGCCUGCCAACGCACAGCACGUGGCUGUCCUCCGAGCAGUGAUCCGAGAAGAUUUCAGCCAUGGGCUGGCGAAAAGACUGGUGGAACACAUUGAGCAAGUCCUCAAGGAAAUGGAUGGCCUCCCGAGUCGCCUUCAACAUAAGAAGACCGAAAGAGAAACUCAGGAAGAGGUCUUUAGGUACUGGAAACGCCUUGUAGAUCGCAAGAGAGCUGGAGUCUGUUGAUUUUUUCAUCUCUGUUUCCCAACACCACGGCCCUUCUUCAACAAAUUUUUUGCUUUCCAUAACAAUUAUGCUGCUCUUUUAAAUAAACAUUUUAUAGUAUCUUGGCUAUUAUGUAUGUUUUCCAGGCGAUGGGUGGAUUCCUUGUAUGCUUGAAUCGGAGCAUCAUCACUCCAUUAAAAUGCACAUUAAUUUCUCCAUUGUUAAAUAAACAUUUACUUUAGAUUUUCUCCCUAAUAAUUUUGUCACCAGAUUGACACUACAACAAAACUGCCAUAUACAUUUUCAAAAAAAAAAAAAACAAAAAAA